AACAGUUUGUUAAUCUGUAUACCAUUCCCGCUUCCUCCUUCUCUUAAAAUUGAACAAUCGUCACGAGCACCAAACUCAGGAGACAGGGGAGUUAAACCACAAAAUGUUUAAUGGGUAGAGAAUCUCUCUGUGUUUGUUCUAGUUUGUGUUCUAAUUAGCAGACUUUCAGAAGAUGAAAGAGCUACCCCACAAUUCUUCCCUCUUAUAUUGAAGGCCACCCCCUUUUUUAUAAAGAAUUUCUUUACUGUCCUUCCACACUGCCUUAAAUCUCAAACAGAUUACAGACCCGGGGGCAGUCUUAAAUAGUAAUCCCUUGCAACACUUAAGUAGUAAAAGGAUAACUUUUCAUCUGCAUGCAGAUGGCCUUCAGGAGCAGAAAAAAUAGUACACAGCUUGGUAGACAUAAAUCUCUUUCCUUCUCUUGACUUUCUUCCUUCUUAAAACAAACACAAAAUCACACCUUUGCUCACUUUUCAAUUAGAUCAGACAUCAUUACAUAAAAACUGUUCAAGCCACCUGCCUAUCUCUAACAUACCUCACCCCAAACUACACGCAAUCAUUGCUCUUUUUUAAAUGUUAUUUUUCUUCAGGUUUAUGGGAAUAGAGGUCUUUAAAAGACUGAGGAAGUUUUGUUUUGUUUUGGAAAGUCACAGAGAACAUUCUGAAUGCGUUCUUAAGUCAUCCUCCAACUGCUAUAGAUUGUUUAUAUCAGUGGUUCUCAAACUUUUGUACUGGUGACACCUUUCACAUAGCAAGCCUCUGAGUGUCCUUAUGUCCCCCCUUAUAAAUUAAAAACACUUUUUUAUAUAUUUAACACCAUUAUAAGUGCUGGAGGUAAAGCAGGGUUUGUGGUGGAGGCUGGCAAUUUGCGACCCCCCAUGUAAUAACCUUGCGACCCCCCUGAGGGGUACCAACCCCCAGUUUGAGAACCCCUGGUUUAUAUCAUUCUAAUAUUCUCUUUUAAGCAGAAAUACAGAGGAUUUUCACUGGCUAAUCUUUGUAGAAGAAUUUUCAUAUUCACCCAUGGAUUUCAUCCCAUUCCCAGUAGCCAGACAGAAAUCACAAACAAUCUGACCCCUUUCCCUCACUCAGUUCUCACCCUUGAAGACCUAAGCCAAUGUGCAAAGAAUGGUCAAAAACAUUCAAUCCCAUUAUACAAUUACAUUGUGGCUAUUCUCCUAUAGGGCAGGGUUUACAGAGACAGAAUGGUUGGCUCCCACAUUCAUACUCUUCACUUGUUUGGAAGCUGUAUCUUUCAAAUCUAUUUCUUAAAACAUUACAACCAAAAAAUCUUUUUAAUAUUUCAAUAAUGCUGCUUUCUAGUUGGAGCAGGAAUCUAGUUGAUGAGUGUGAUGCCACUCAGCUUGUCAAACAACGUUUUGCAAGGCCCUACAGCCAUCCCUAGUCAUAGGAUCAUUUCCUGCAGAAAGUAUUUAGAACAAUCUUCUUCUCAAUAAACCUUUAAUAUUUUAAAUCCACCACAUGAAUGUACCAUAUGAGUUUCAAUUCUUCAAGGAUCCACCCUUUUCCCACAUAUGUGAUAUGGAGCUGGAAAAAAAAAAGACAACAAAAACCCUGCUUUGACACAACCUAUUUCUAAUAGGCCCAAGGAGGAUAAUUUCUUCCUUAAAAUACAGGAAGGAAUAUUAAAUGUAGUUUUACUGAAAGUUAUGUAUUUAGUAGUUUAGCAUUCCCCCCUACCCCCUGGGAGUUAAAGAAGAAGCUACUAAAAUGUCAGCUCUUAUUAUCAAAGUGUGGAAGCUCUGGUUUGUUUUUAAUGAGAUGGAGGGAUGGACAGCCCCAUUUCUGUAGAGAGUGUGGCCCUGGCCUUUCUCAGCAUGGACCACAUGACAACCAUCCUUCUGUUUAGCACGCUCAGCAUAGGUGAUACUAUUGUGGACUAUAACCCCAGAGAAAACUUUCAGCACACUCCAAGUCCAUUUGUAAAUCAGCUCCCAAUGACAAGCUAAGAAUGAUAAUUUAUUUUAUACCGGAACAGUUAGAAAGAUGCAACUUACAAAUUAUUCUCAUAAGUAUUUCCAGUGCAUAAACAUAUCUCUAUAAGCCUCUAAUUAGUUAUUGGUGUUGUGGAAUUAGGAAUAUUUUAAACAGAUUUAAUGGAAGUGAAAGAUUUAGUUCAGGGAGCUAGAUCUCAAUCCAUAUUCAAAGCCUGAAAUAAGUUUGUGUUACUUUCUUCACUUUGAAAUAAUUUUACAGAGGAAAUUGAUUCAAAUCAAGGGCUUUCUACCCUGUUAUAUAAAAAACACCUUAAAAUAAGAUUUAAUUGUAACUGUGGUUUUAUGAACAACUACUACCUUGUCUUUCAUAAGAAAAAAAAAAGUUUUUCCCAACUUUAUUCAACUUGAAAUUCUGCUGAAUAAAAAUACCCUGUUUCCUCUUCACUCAGAUAAGAAAUUGGGUUAUUGUGAGGCAGAUAUUGGGCAAAAAAAAAAAUACACUCUUUUUUCGUUACUGUGAAAAAACACAAAUCGAGCGGGAAGAAGACUCCGAUCUGCCUUGCUGGGCGGGUUCCUAAAUGCGCCAAUCACAGGGCUUCUCUUGUAUAUAAAUACCAGGCAACUGAACUAGUCCAACCUAAGUGUUUUUGUUUUGUUUUGUAUAACAAAUAAUAGUCACUAUGUCCGAAACGGUGCCUGUUGCAGCUCCUGCUGUCUCUGCUCCUGAGGCAAAAGCUUCAGCUACAAAACCGAAGAAGGCGGCAGGAGGCUCUAAAGCCCGCAAGCCUUCGGGUCCCAGCGUGACCGAGCUGAUCACCAAGGCUGUGUCCGCUUCCAAGGAGCGUAAAGGGCUCUCCUUGGCCGCUCUUAAGAAGGCUCUGGCCGCCGGGGGGUACGAUGUGGAGAAGAGUAACAGCCGCAUCAAAGUAGGACUCAAGAGCCUGGUAAGCAAAGGUACGUUGGUGCAGACCAAAGGCACGGGCGCCUCUGGCUCUUUUAAACUCGGCAAGAAACCUGGUGAGACCAAGGAAAAGCCACUCAAGAAAAAGCCAGCGGCAAAGCCUAAGAAACCAACUGCCAGGAAACCCGCCAGCGCCCUCAAGAAACCCAAAAAGGCUGCGGCUGUGAAAAAGAGCCCGAAAAAAGUCAAGAAGCCAGCAGCUGCCGCGGCCAAAAGAACAGCCAAGAGCCCGAAAAGGGUUAAAGCAGCUAAGCCCAAGAAGGCAGAUAAGAGCCCGGCUAAAGCCAAAGCGGUGAAACCCAAGGUGGCCAAGCCCAAGCCCACCAAACCUAAAGUAGCAAAGGCUAAGAAGGCAGCGCCCAAGAAGAAGUAAAGACUCCCCCCUUUUUUUUAGAUAAACCCAACGGCUCUUUUAAGAGCCACCCAUCCCUUUCAAAAAAGAGCUGGUUCACUUACCGGUAACCUCGUGCUGCUUUCUACGACAGAAGAUUCCUUCUUCCCUUACCACUUACCUUUACCCCUCAUUGUGUGUUUGUAUAAUGUUAACACAUGAACUGUGCUCUGGGUCAAAGAGAAGCGACUCCAGUUAAAAAUAUGUAUGUGCAAUAUACUGUAGUAGCCUCAUUCUCCGUAACCCCCAGUAAAAGGAUUACAGUUCUUUUGGCUUUAAUUUCCACCCUUCGCAUUAUGGUUAUUUUACUUUUCUUUUCAGAGCGAUAUAUUCAAAAAACUGCCUAGAGGGUGCAGCUUUCAAGCAGUUGGAGGAAUCAGGCAUCACCAUACAUUGUCAAAGGGAAGAGUCAGAAUAUAUGUGCCCUGUCCUCGCAUAACCACCUUUGCUCACAGGGGCGAGUUAGAGGAUUCAGUGUGGACGAGAUUUUGAUUGUAGAUAGACAAAAUCUUUUUCUGUUUUGCUGGUGGGAGGAAAUGGAGCAGUUGGUAAAUUUGAAAAGCCCGCCCUGUGCAAGGAUUGGUCAGACAACCCGGAACGUUAUUCCUCUUCAGAGGAAAUCCAUCUACUUUCAUAGACGCUCUAAAAGUUGAAGAGGACAGUCUUGAUAAAGGUUUUAGUCCAAAUUUCUUCCCCGGCCUUCCCGCCAAAGUCAAAUUCACAGGCCAUUUAGAAAACCUUUUUUUUCCUGAGAUCGGAGAAAAAAUAACCUAAAAAGGGUACCGUAUUUCCCAUUUUAUUUUAUUGCAAUUGUUGCAUUGUCUCUGGAAACGACGUCUAGUAAUAUGUUAUCGUCAUAUUAGAAAUUUCUACUUUUCGCACUGAUCAGCCAAACUGGCCAAACAAUUACAUGAAAAGAAAACAGUGCCAAUUUAAUUCCGCUUUCAAAAGAGAACUCACUGUCAGGGAGGUUUGUCUCCUACAAACGUUCUACAAAACUGACGAACACGUAUUUCAAACGAGCAGAGAUUCAGUAACUUGUUUGUAAGAAUCAGAGUAACAGCCGUGUUAGUCUGUAAUCUAUAUUCCAGCUACUGUAACUCCAAUUCAAUCAUUUAUUUACAGGAAGGAAAAAUAAUUAUUGUUUUGAAAGUAUGAUUGUUACAGAUAAUCAAGCCCUUUUUUGAUUUUGUGGGUGGCUCUGAAAAGAGCCUUUGGGUUGGUUUUGGACUGCAAAGUUUUGCUUCUUCCCGAUCAGCUUCACUUGCUCUUGGCCUUGU